AAUACAGCGGCCCAAUGACUGGGCCCCAAUCCAACCUCCAGAAUCCCAAGUGAGCUGAGGAUCCCAGCUAGGGUUUCGACCUAAUCACCGCCCUUUGAACUUGUAGACCUCUCGAAUUGUCACGGCCUUAAUAAGAUGACAGCGGGGGCGAUUUGCAAUUAAAUAGAGAUCAAACCCAAUGCUUGCCUCCGGGGGACUGCGCCGCUUCUCGUCGAUGGAGAAAUCAAAAUCUUCCAGAGACUCUACUACUGCCUUAUACGCUGUACAAUGCGGCAAAUGUUUCAAAUGGAGGCUGAUUCCAACAAAAGAAGAAUACGAUGCCAUAAGAGAGAGCUUCAUUGAAGAUCCAUGGUUCUGCGAAAAAAACCCUGAAGUUUCCUGUGAUGAUCCUGCAGAUAUAGAGUAUGAUACUAGUCGAUUAUGGGUCAUUGACAAGCCCAACAUCCCCAAAACGCCCCCUAAUACUGAGAGAAACCUGCAUCUGAGAAAAGAUUUUUCCAAGUUUGAUAUAACCUACAUUAUGCCCAAUGGAAAGAGAGUGAGGAGCUCGACGGAGGUGGAGAGGUUUCUGGAAGCUCAUCCGGGGUACAAAGAUCAGUUUUCUGUGUCGGACUUUAGCUUUACUUCGCCAAAGAUUAUGGAGGAGAUGGUGCCUAAAAGUUCUAGGGGGAAAGAUUCGGUUGGUCGUAAAAGGAAAAAUGAGGAUGGAUGAAGGUUGAAUCUCUGUAUGAGACUGUCGGAUAAAUUGCGAUGGUAAUUGUUAUGUUUUAUUGACAUUUGUGGAGCUGAGUGCCUCCUUGUAUAGUUGUUAUUGGAAUUUUCUGGUAGAAGCUAUGCAGUUUACAAUUUAAUCAUACGCUUGUUCCUGAAUUCAGAUUUGAGCAUGCAAUCAAAACCGUGAGACUCAGGAGCUUUUUGCA